AUGUCCAUCACCGAAGUCGACCUCGAACACCUCCGUCGCUGCGUUCAACUCGCUGCGGAGGCUCUCUCAACCCACGAUGAUCCCUUCGGUUCCGUCUUAUAUUACGUGAAAACGUAUCGUUCUCCAGGUAUUGCAACAUCUAGGUCCGCUGUGCAAGAAGACCGCAAUCGCAUAAUUUCGCGCAACGAUGCCACUUAUCACCCAGAAAUCAAACUCGCUCUCUGGGCACAGGCAAACCUGACCGAAGACGAGCGUGCGAAAAGUGUGUUGUACACGAGUGGUGAACACUGCCCGAUGUGUGCAGCGGCCCAUGCGUGGUGUGGUCUUGGCAGGAUUGUGUAUGCAAGUAGUGCGGCUCAACUGGCGGGGUGGAUGAAGGAGAUGGGAAUGGGAGGUGUGAGCCCUGUUAAAGCACUGGCGAUCAAGGACGUGGCGCCUUAUAUUGAGGUAGAUGGUCCAGUCGAAGAACUUGCGAAGGACGUAAAGAAGUUGCACUUUCAGAAACAUCGGCAUGUCCCAAAGGACUAA